UCCCACCGUGGCCGCUAGAGCGCACUCACGUCUAAUUUAAACAUGGCGGCUCGAUCAAUGAAGUUGUACUUGUUGUAGUGUGUAGUGAAUUCUAGUGUAAAAAAUUGAAAUGGUGAUACAUUGUGAACGUAAUCUGAUUUAAGAAAUAAAUGGGCCAUGGGAAGAGGCCAGGAUUUGUUAGAUGCGGCGCGCAAAGGUGAUGAGCGGAGUGUUGAGAAAAUAUUAGCACAAAUAACUAAAAGGAGUGGUCCUUUUACAAGUCUAAGGCGAGGUGCCGGUGUAAAUGUUCAGGACGAUAAUGGUUAUACUCCCCUCCAUCACGCUUGUUUACGUGGCCACAAAGAGAUAGUACGGUUACUACUAUCAGUGGAUGCGUCACCAUGCGUCGUGGACAAGAAGGGUGCUACGCCCCUUCAUUUGGCGGCGUGGAAGGGAGAUGUCGAUAUUGUAGCCAUGCUCCUCAACCACAACAAUCCACCUGUCAAUGUCAAUCACGUGACUCUGGACCAAGAGACGGCGCUGUUGAUGGCAGCUCAAUUCGGUUUUGUGAACGUGGUGGCUCAGCUCAUAGCUCAUGGAGCUGACGUCAACAUUCGGAAUAUCAAGCAAGAGAGUGCCUUGGACUUGGCAGCGCAGUAUGGACGGUUGGAAACCGUCCAGCACCUGUUGCGAGUUCAGCCUAUGCUGGUUCAGCCGUACAAGUACCCGAAUUGGAAGGUCAGGUCCUUCUCUUCCACACCCCUGCACAGAGCUAGCAAAAAUGGACACAAGGAGGUAGUCCAAGUCUUGCUGGCGGCGGGCAUAGACCCAAACAUACGCACAAACUCUGGUACACCACUGCAUGACGCGGCCUGUUUCGGCAAGGCAUCUGUAGUGAGAAUAUUGUUAGCCAAGGGUGCUGAUCUCAGAGCUUUAGACGGCCGAGGGAAGACAGUAGAGGAUCUUCUAGCGGACUAUUCGGAGGAAGCCACGAGAAGAGUCAGAAGGGUUAUACGAGAAUACGAAAGUAUGGCUCGAAAUAACUACGAAAGUGAAGACGAUUUUCCACCAUUUCCGGUACAAGACAAUAGCCCCACAAGCUAUCCCCAUCACCUCGUCAUGACAGCCCCAGAGACCCAGAAAGAUAUAAAUACUAGCUUAACAACUUCAUCUUCAUCACUUGUAACCCGUAAUCCAUCCCAGAGUUUCGUCAAAAAGCUUGCUUCUAAAUGCUUAAGCUUUAAAGCAAAGUUUAACUCUGCACCUAAUAUCACUAACAUCUCUGAAUCGAAUGUAGAUAUUAAAUCAAAGUCUGAAGUAAAAUCAUCGAAUGCUUUGCAUAUUGGCAAUAGCAAGUUUUUUAAGAAAUUGUCAAAGAAAGAGGAGUCUGGUGAAAUAAAUUGCAACGACGAAUUUGACACCAUAUCCUUAGAUAGAGUUGGUAUUUUAAAUAGAGAUUCAACGGUAAAUCGAAGUAAUAGAAGUUGUCCUGGAUUUAAAACCUCUUUACCAAAUAUAACGGAAAAUAAUGAACUAAGCGAUUCGAGAGAAUCCAUCCCCGAGGCCAUAGUUGCUGCGGAUAAUAAAACCGAUAAAGUAAAAGUGGUAGAAGCUGUAAAUCCGGUUGCAAAACAAGAUAUCUUUGAACCUCGACCUCAAAGUAAUAGAAAGUCAGUAAUUUCUAACACGUCUGUAGAGUCGGCUCAUCUAGUUAACGAGUGUUAUGAGUCCUACGAAUUUUCAACCCAUUCUGCCGUUGUUGAAUCUAAAGAAAUAAAACAAAUAAACUCUAUAUCAAAACCCAAACCCCCGCCGAGAAAUGUUCCUGAAACGGUCACUACUGAAACCAUUUAUGAAAAUGUUUAUUUAGAAAAAAAUAACACUCUUCCGCCAAAACCUGCACAAAGGAAUCAUAUCCCGAGUAAAGAAUUUCAUGUUUCUUCUAAUAAACCAACUUUGUACGAAAACAUAAUAAUUCCAGUUAGAAAAGCCCCCGAACCCCCAAAAAGAACGUAUUUUCCUCAGAAAUCCACUGAAUCAUCACCCAGUAUUAGUAGGUCGUCCACACUGUCAUCAUCAUCUGAUUCUAUGAUAGAUGAAACAAAUUUAGAAGAUAUUUUACUGUCAGAAAAAUCUAAGUCUUUUCGUCAUGGUCAAAAAGUUUUAAUCCGUAAAGAAUCAAGGUCCAGUAUUAAUAGAACUCAAUCGAAUGCUUCAGAUUAUUCCGACAUUACGGAAGCUAGUGCCAUUGAAAACGUCGAUUGUAGUGGUGAUGCAGAUGACAGAGCAUUAUAUUUAUCCAUGACUGGUACAUUACCUUCAAAGAAAACAGAAAAAACUAUUAAGAAAAAGGUUUUAUUUAGACAUAAGACAUUCACAAAUAUUGAAGUCGAUAGAAAUUCAAUAAACGUCAAAGAUCUACCAAAAUGGUCCAAUGAAUUCCUUAAAGAAACAUUAGCUCACUACCAUAUUAGAGGAACAGGACACUGCAUUUACAACGCACCUACCGUUCAAGAAUUUAUUUCUAUUUUUAAUAAAGACACUUUAGAGACUGGCACAGUUUCUACUGGUUCGAAUAAGAAAAGGGAUAGUUAUUUUGAAACAGCAAUAUGCUUUUGUAGGCCUAAACCUCCCAAGUUUCACAGCAGUGCAGAAGAUUUAUUAGAUAUCGCACCAAAAGGCAAGGAUACUGUAACAAUUGACACGGCAGCGUUAAAAGACAAAAUUGAGAUUGUGAAUACUUCAUUUAGAUGUUUCUGCGAUUCGGAACAGUGUUCUUUACAUGCAAGUAAACGUGAAUCGCCCAUUGAUUUAAUCGUUAAGUUUUCUGCAAUCAAAAGAAGUUUAUCAACACCCGAUAUCACGCUAGGUACUCUUUCUUUGACACGACAAUCAGGUGGUUUAACAAAAAACAAAUCAGUACCAAUGAAUUUAGAAGAACCCUAUGCUGUAGUCACUUUACAAGAUAUCAUAGAUAGAAAUAAAUCAAAAACUCGUGAAAGUUUCACUUAUGUUGAAAUGUCACCGCAUACCUCCCUGUCUUCCACUGAUAGACCGUAUUCCAUCAAAGACAUAUCUGAUGUAAUUUCUUUAAAAUCUACUAGAUCAUCUAUCGAUUCUAAAUCUCUAUCUGCUUCAGACCGUUUACCGCUAACAAAAUCAACCUCGGAACACUCUGGCCAUUGGUCAUUGCAAUCAUGCAAUUCAAAUAUAACAAUUAAGUCGGAUGCAUCAUACAAAACGUGCUUGGAAGAAUCAUCAUCGGACGAUGGUUCCGAUGGUACUUUGCAAUCGGAUGAAGAAAGCUCUGAUGCAGAGACAAUAAAGUCUGACGUGAGCACGACCAAACGGCCGUGGAAACAUAGUAACUCGUUUAGAUUUGGUAAUGCUCUGGUCAAAAGGAGCGAUGAGGCAAUCGAUGUGAUCGAGGAAGAGUCCAGUAAACUGGAUACGUCAUCCUCCAAGUCAGAGAGUGGGGUUUUGAUAGAUUCCGAUUCUUCAUCCGAUUGCGGGGAUAGUGGUGUUCCGGGGUCUGGGUCGCUUGCUUCGCUUGAGCAUGGUUCGGGGUUGGUGGGUGUUCACAGUGGGUCUCGCCGGCGCUGGGACGAGGCCGAGGGGACAAGCGAAGGUGACGCGUUAAGCGUGUCCAGCGCUGCAUCCAGCUGCGCGCCAAUGCACCUCGCACAUCACUACGAACACAGUAAAGUCUCGCCUACCCCUCCCAAGAAGCCUCCCCGGAGGAAUUUAUCAGUCUCCCCCACCCAUGCCAACUCUCCGUCAUCUGGCUACAGCUAUGAGCUAAGGUCUCAUGCCAGAAGUCAAGAUGACUUGGACGAAAUCCAGGGUUCAAAGCACUACCUCAAGCACGGUCGAUCAGUCGAUCAAUACGUUGACGGUAAACUUUCCUACAUGGACUAUGAGGAGAACCACAAUUCGCCUCGGGCGAUUCCUGUCCCAAACCCACGGCCCAGCCUCAAAACUCGCACGCAGCCGGUCGCAAUCACUGCAAUGUACGAGAACGUGGUGAUAAAAGAGCAGAAUCCAAGACGGAAAUUGAGAAGAAACAAUUUUGGACCCCAAAGCGAGGAUACGAUCGAGAGGGUGAAAAAGUAUUCGAACCAAGAAAGGUCUUCCCUGGAGAGUUUGUUAGAUGAUCAGUCAAUGAACAGUCCAAGCGAUUGUGAGCGGUAUUCUGAUGGGCCGAAGAUUGAUAUUCCUCUGUCUCCAAGCCAUUAUGAACAGCCUCCUACGCCUGACCAUCCGCCUCCGUCGGCCAAGCAAGCGGAGAGAAGCAUUCAUGAAAGGAUACGACCGUUAAGUCAGGAAUACAAGAGAAGAUCAACGUUACGAGACAGUCAGACAGAGACCGACAUCAGUCUGCUAAGAGCAGCUUCAGCAGUCUCCGUAGCAAGUGGCGCCACUGAUAGGAGUGGUAACACGGACAAUUGUGUUGAAGAAUACGUCUGCGAUGUACCGUUUGCAGGCCUCUUCAAAGGCUCCACCACCACCCUCGACGGAAUAGGCCUACGACCGAUGCCCGCGGAACGGCCGAAGACAUUACGGAAACUCAAGUCAGUGUACGACGCGUCACCCACAGAGCCUACUAAUGUCAAUACCAAUAGCAGCAAUGGACAGUUAUCUAUUCAGGUGGACAGAAGCUUUAAUGGUACAGAGGAUGAAGUCAGAAGACGGAGUAAUACGACAAGCUCGAGUCAUAGUGGCGACAAAUCUCUCUCAAUACUCAGCCCAUUCGAUGAGCAGGAGGAAUGGGCAAAAAUCUCCGAGAUAAUGGCCUCAUUCGGGAGCAAACUUGUUCGUGAAUCCGUCUUCGUCUCAGAACUUGAACAGGAGUUCACCAACCGCCUCGGCCUCAGUUGUUCUGAGUCCAGUCUUAGUCCGUCGAUGGCGUCAAGCUUGGGUCUUUGGCUGUCUGGUUUGGGUCUACAUGACUAUGAACCCUUAUUCAUAGAUAGCGGAUAUGAUGAUAUUGAGUUUGUCAAUGGAAUCCUGGACGAGAACGACCUACGAGAAAUGGGAAUAGAAGAGAACGAUAGACAGAAAAUUCUAGAAUCAUCGAAACAGUUACCUCUUAAGAUUACAGAAAUAAGCAAUAAUCAUAACAAUAACGUAAUAAAAAAUCAAUAUGGCUCCGUGGACGAAUGGUUACGGAACAUUAACUUAGAACAAUAUAGUGAGACUUUUAGAAAGCAUUUGUAUGUAGAUAUGGAUCGAGUUAGGAGAAUAUGGGAAGUGGAACUGACUGCGGUAUUGGAGAUAAACAAGCCGGGGCAUAGGAAACGAAUCCUCUGUUCUGUGUCAGGGGAGCAUAAUGGUCCUGCUAAUAACAUCGACGAUAUUAAUGCUGAUCUUAAUAAUUUGAAAAACAAUAUUCAACAGCUAAAAGACGAAAUCAAAGAAAAAUUGCCGCCUUCGGAAAAUCUGAAACCUGUACCACCGCCUGUCGUUCCCACACUAGCGCCACCUGGAGGCGAAACUUUAAAACGUAGUAAAAAGAACAGACCUGCUCCUCAACCUCCUAGACCCUCUGAUCUGGAGAUCAGGGCCCCUUCGGAAUUGCUAGUCGGAGUACCGGGGGCUUUGAAGACGCAGUGGAAACACCAGCCAUUCGUAUUGGUGACUGGUGCUGUUACAUAUGUAGCUAAUUACUUAGGAUCGACGGUUGUGAAAGAAUUACGAGGGACGGAAUCGACGAAGAAAUCAAUACAAAAACUGAAGAAAACUACCAAAGAGCCGAGGGAUUCGCCCGAUAUCAUUCUGUCUAUCAGUUAUCGAGGUGUCAAGUUUCUAAACACUAUAACUAGGGAGUUGGUGUGUGAACACGAAAUCCGAAACAUUCAUUGCGCCUGUCAAGACGCCGAUGACCUGACGCAUUUUGCUUACAUCACAAAAGACCACACCACCAAGAGUCACUAUUGUCAUGUCUUUAGAGUCGCUACUAUGGAUCAAGCGACUGAAGUGAUCUUAACCCUCGGUGAAGCAUUUGAAGUUGCCUACCAAAUGGCCCUUCGAGAACAAGCAAUCAAGAGUAAAGUCACCCAAUCAAUAACAAAAACACCGCAGCAUGAGGUAAAAGAAAAACCAUAUCACGGCAGAUCACAUUCCAUAACAGAGAUAAAGUUGAAUGGUCAUCAACUGAAAAUCGCACCUAUUGCUGCUUCGCUCUCUAACGAAGACUUCCAGAAGGAUGGAUCGAAGAGCCCUAGGACUCCAUUACUGAAAGCACCCAUUGCGUCUACCGAAGAAUUGUGAAAGUGCUUAAUUCAUACAUACACCAAUUUUAGGUUUGGGUCACAUCUUAGUUAUUGUGAAUUAGCGUUCAUUUGCGUGAAUUGUUUGGUUUUGGGUCCUAUGGUAUAAGAAAUACACAGACACAGAGUAUACGUCAUUCACAGGUACACAAUAAUAAAUUGUUUACUGUACAGUUGUGUUUGCCGAGGGGCUUAAGGCUCUGUCUUUCACCACUGAGGUCGUAGACUCAAUCCCCGGUUGUACACUAAUGAAUAUUCUGUCUAUGAACACUCGCUCGUAAGGAUUUAAAUCAAAUCGACGACAUGUGUCUGACAGAAUGCUGAUCUACUUGGCUAUGAAAUGCAUUAAAAACCGAUACAAUCUGAGGCUAAAAACCAUAUAUGCAAUAGAUAUAUAAACAAAUUUAAAAAAAAAUGAUUUUUAUCUAUAUAUUGUAUAAUAGCUGCCUUACAAAAUAAACUCAAUUCCAUUAAAACUGCAGCAUUUUUUAUCUAUACUAGUAGUAUUCGCUAUUUACAAGAAGCGAGUGGUGUAGUAUAAAUUUUCAUUUAGGUAUUUAUCUAUUUAUUAAUAAAAAGGUCGUUGAACUCAGAGUAUCCAUCUAUUGUUGAUUGACUUAGGCAGUUCGUAAUCAUCUAGCAUAUUUUAUUAAAACACAUAUAAGGGUAUAUAUUUCUAUACAGGAUCUCGCACUUAGGCCUAAAUGUUCGGUCUAUUGGGUUUCAAAGGGCCACAUUGGCUAAUUUGAAUAAAAUACAAUCAACACUUCAAUCCCUCUCUUUUAAUCAACGUAUACUUUAUGCUACAAUUUUGUUAUUCGGUUUCAUAUAAAAGAAAAAAAUUAUGACUUUAUUAAUAAAACCUAAACUCUGAUUUUUUAUUCCGUAGAAUUCUGAUAUUCCAUAAGUGUUGCUACAAAAAAGUUCUCCACCGAAAUUUAGUCAAAUUUGACCCAUUUUAGAUGGAUUCAGAUGUUCAGACUCGUAUUAAAAUUGAAAAAUGUGCCCUGCCAAAAAGGUUUGUAAUCUCUGACACGUCAAAAAAUGAUAGCUGUCAGAAUUGUACGGACUUAAAAUCAGACUAUAUCUAUAUCAGACUAUAUAAUCUUAAUAUUAUAGUGUUGUAUUUCUCUCUUUUGUGUUUACGUCGUUAUGUAUUACAUGACAUGGUCGCAAUUAAUAUACGUUUAUUAGCCUAAAUUAACUCGAAUAUAUUGUGCAUGUAUCAAUAAACUGUUUUAUAAUUCGGUGUCGUAGUAUAAGGUUGUAAACGGAAAUUAAUUAAGUUUUCAUUUGCCUGAGGCGGGUCACCUCACACAUUUUAAGCCUACAAGAGGCUACGUUUUAAAACGAAUGUUAACAGUUAUGUGUAUCAAUCGUGGUUAUUUUACUAUUGAAUAGUAAAGUUAUAGGCUGUUAUAUUUAUAAUACUUUGACUGUAUAUUUUUGUUUCUUUAGUUUUAAUUGAAACAGUGCUUAGAUGUAAUGUUAGAUGUAAUUACGGCUUCAUAUUAAAGUUUAGGCCUAAUAAUCUCAAAGUAUAUUGUUACCAAUUCAAUGUAACAUAAGUAUAGAAUUUGUUGAUCAUUAUGAUACUCGUUUAGUGAAAUCGAACAUAUCAAAUCAAUGUUGAUUUAUUAUAAAAUAGGAAUCGAAUUUUUGGUUUUGCUUUCGCAGUAAUACGAACGAGCGAUAUGUACAAAGAUUUAUUGGAAGUAUUGAGAAUAAUGUUCAGUACGCAAAUGAUACAAUAGUUAAAAUGAUAAUGGUUCCGUUUCAUUGAAAUUGCUCAACAUGGACAUAGUCGUAUUUUCCUAUUUUAGUAAUGAGGCGUUACCAUAGCAACGGAUAUUGGAUGUUCUUUACUUAUAUGAUGUGCUAUUUGAUGUAAAAAAUGUUUAUUGUGAAACAAGAAUACUGGUACACUUAUUGGAAACGUCAAAUGGUACCGUUAUAGAUAGAUAGAGAUAUAAAAGUCUAUCUAUUUUUUCGGUUUAUUCGUUAAGGAUCACACCUUUUCGUGCUCACAUAUUAUUUGGAAUAAAACUCUCAAACCUAAGCCUAUAUAUCUUAAGCCAUAAUGAUUUUAUUGUUAAGUUUUUCAAACCAAAACCUAUGGUAAAACAUUUUAGGAGUACAUUCAAAUAAUGUCUUAAGAUUUCGACGUUCAUGUAAUGUGAUAUAAAGUAAAAAUAUUUAAAAACA